UUUCACUGGAGCGUCACUGAUGGACCCUGGUGAUGGCGAGAUGGAUGGUAUUUAAGCGGCCAGGGAAGCGUCCACUGCCACGUUUUUAACAGACAGACAGACUUGGAUACAAGAUGCCAAACUGGGGAGGAGGUGCGAAGUGUGCCGCCUGUGAGAAGACGGUGUAUCAUGCAGAGGAGAUCCAGUGCAAUGGGAGGAGCUUCCAUAAGACCUGUUUCAUGUGCAUGAGCUGCAGAAAAGGUCUGGACAGCACCACAGUCGCAGCACACGAGUCUGAGAUUUACUGCAAGUCCUGCUAUGGCAAGAAAUAUGGGCCAAAAGGCUACGGAUAUGGGCAGGGAGCCGGAGCGCUGAGUUCUGAUCCUCCAGGACAAAACUUGGACCUGCAGUCUAAUGAAUCUAAACCACGACCCGCCAAUUCAAGCUCCAACGGCAGUAAAAUUUCCCAGAAGUUUGGUAGUUCGGACCGCUGUCCUCGCUGCUCUAAAGCCGUGUAUGCAGCGGAGAAGGUGAUGGGAGCAGGAAAGCCCUGGCAUAAGACCUGUUUCCGCUGCCUCCUUUGUGGGAAAAGCCUGGAGUCAACGACAGUGACAGACAAGGAUGGAGAGCUGUACUGUAAAGUCUGCUACGCCAAGAACUUUGGCCCAAAAGGAUUCGGACUGGGGAACGAGGCCAUGUUGGAGGAGCGGCAGUGAACACCUCUGGAUUACAAAAACAUACAAAUUUAGUGUUUCACACGGUAGCUCAAGUCGACUUUCACAAGUCCCAGCUCUUAACCUUCACAAUGGACGAUAUUUCUUUCACCUGAAACGCGCCAUACUUGGCGUUGAAAUGCUGGCACAGAAAAGUAACAGAAGAGUCAAACAACAUUUUAAGGUUGCUAUUGUUUUGAAUGUUUGAUUAAAAUGUGGAAAGCUACACAAUAAAACUAUUUUGUUACCUUAAAA